AUGUGUGGACUGACGGCGUUCUUAGGUCUGAAUGGAGUCGUUCGCGAUGAGAGCACUACUGUGUCAUCCCACAGGCUGGCAUGUCAGAUCAACGACAGUCUAGACUUGGUCAAGCAUAGAGGUCCUGAUGCGCGUGGCCAGUGGAUCAGCCCUGACACUCGAGUUGGCUUUGGGCAUGUACGCCUUUCAAUCAUUGAUCUUAGCCCAGCCGGAAACCAGCCUUUCCACAGUAAAGAUGACACUAUCCAAGCCGUCGUCAAUGGAGAACUUUAUGACCACGAGCGAAUUCGAAGUGAGCUGGCCAACGAAUAUGAGUUUGUUAGCAAGAGUGACUGUGAGAUUGUCAUUGCCCUAUACCACCGUUAUGGACUGUCAUUCGUCUCUCACUUGAGAGGAGAAUUCGCUUUGGUACUUUGGGAUGCGAAACACAAUCGUUUUAUAGCUGCGCGAGACAGAUAUGGCAUCAAGUCGCUCUACUAUACCAUUAUCGGUGGAAGGCUUCACGUCGCAACUGAGAUGAAAUCUUUCUUGCCAUUUGGAUGGGUUCCAGAGUGGGACAUUGCCAAUCUUAAAGGGGUGGGAUGGAUGUAUGGGGCGAAUAUGUACUUCAAGGGAGUGCAUCGUAUCGAACCUGGUCAAAUGCUCGUGAGUGACAACUUCCAGCCAUUCGAGUUGCAGACAUACUGGGAUUUAGAGUACCCCGACAAGAGGCUGGUAUAUGCAGGCACCGAAGCUGAGGCAGUCGCUCGAGUGCGAGAAUUGCUGCUUGAUUCGGUGCGGCUCCGACUUCGCGCCGAUGUGGGUGUUGGUGUGUUCCUGAGCGGCGGGCUGGACUCGUCUGCAGUUGCAGGCAUGACAGCGCAUUUGAUGAAGCAAGGAACAAGACUUGGAAAUGAAACAACUGGUGAUACCUCGAGGCUAAGCUGCUUCACGGUGCAAUUUGAGAAAGAGUCGGGGAUCGAUGAGUCCGUGGAUUUCCACGCAGUGUUGCUGGACGAAGAGACCAUCGCGUCUCGACUGGAGGAUACAAUCUGGUACACGGAAACGCCGCUCCCUGAUGUGGACGGGAUGGGUCGACUGGCCGUUGCAGAGGCCGCUCACAACGCAGGAAAAAGAGUUGUUCUCACCGGCGAAGGAUCAGACGAGCAUUUUGCAGGAUACAGUGACCUGAUGUGGAGCUAUUUGAGUGAGCCAGACCACGCAUGGCCCGCAUCUUUACUAGCCGUCAACGGCAGCCGAGAAGAGAUGGAGGCAACCGUCAAUCAAAGAAUGGCACAAGCGGUAGCAAAGGUAACCGCCAAGUCAGGGACUACACAUAGUCUCAGCCAUACCUCUAUAUUUACAGCACUUGCUUGCUUUCGUGAGAAGACUAUCAACGACAUGGAACAGAAAUGGCACUCGCUAAAUUCAUCUCAAUACCAGUGGACCAAGUCAAUGCUGGCAAAUGGUAUUCUUCGUUAUAUUGGCGACAAUAUAGACAUGGUAUUUCAGGUGGAAACGCGGCCACCGUUUCUCGAUCAUCACCUCACAGAAUAUGUGAAUACCAUACCGCCAAGUCUAAAGAUAAGAUAUGAUCCAGAGAGAAAGAUCUUUCGUGAAAAGCAUGUUCUUCGCGAAGCCAUGAGACCAUUCAUCACCGAAGAGGUUUCUAAUCGCGUGAAGCAACCAUAUCUUGGUCCAACUAAAUACAAGGAAAAUGGACCUGUGUAUCACACUUUGAAGCGGUUACUUACAGAGACCAAUGUUCAGAACCUGGGCUUUGUUGACUGGAGCAAGGUCCAGCACACCUUCACACGCGCAUUUUGUGACGAUGACCCCAAUGCUUUUAGAAGUAUCCUCUUUGUGGCUCAACUUGUGGUACUGGCCCAAAGAUUUGGAGUAAAGCCGGCAAGCGCGAUUUAA